AUGCUGCGCAAUGUGCUCAUCAUGGCGUCCAGCGGCAUCGUACUCUUCUCCAAAGAAUAUGCAAACGCCGUUGCCCAGCCUCGAUUGGUAGGCUCGUUGAUCACAGCGAUGCUCGAGUUCUCCAACAAAGCAAGUGGCGCGCCUGUGUCGUAUAUUCAGAUGUCUUUCGUGGCCGUGACGGUGGUCACUAAUGACAAGCACAAGGUUUUCUGCGCCAUGUUCCAUGAUACAGCCGACGGUGCCGGUUUUUCGGCGUUCGUAGCGCAGGAACUGUUGGCAGCAUUCAUUGCGCAGCAUGGAGACGAACUGGGCAACAUGGGACACAAUUUGCGGGACUUCCACCGAUUUCAGUACAGGAUUCUCAGUGUUAUACGCGAGUCAGUCAAGCCGAUUGUCAGAAAAUUACAAAAGCAGCGCGGAAUAUUGAAGGCGAUGUUAGUGUUAGACGGCGCAGUGACAUGUGCAACUGGAGACGUGGACCCGAUCGGAGUGCUGGCGAACUUGCAGGCGCUAGUAAAUAGCUCGAUUGAUAUGAUGUCGUUUUCCGGUGACGGUGUGAGCUCCAUGACAAUUCAGAGCGGACGCAACUCGUGCAUACAAGUGAGCGUUGUAGAGGGCAACGACGCGUUAGUAGUAGUAUACAAGAAGGGUGCGCAAGCUUCCAAGAACACGGCGGCAAUAGAAGAGUGUGUCCGAGCACUACGCCACGGUACGUACAGCAGGGUGAAGCCUUGA